ACCGCUCCACUUCCACCACUCCAGUCGCGACGCGUCAGCCGCUCCGAUCGGUCGUGUGUCCGUCGUUUGCCCGUUCGCGGAUCUCUCGCACUAUUUCCAUCGGCCUUGGCUCGCCGCCGAUAUUGAUGUUAUUAUUAUUGUCAUCAUCUUUCGGCGACGACGGCGACGGCGAUAACGACAUCAAAUGCCCACCACCGCAUUGACGGCCUCUACCGACGAAGAGAAAAUACCGAGAAAAAUAAGAAAACUCGGAAUCGCUCGAUCGCCAUAGAUUAUUGUCGUCGCCGCGUAAUUUUGUUUAUCUUCCGCUGCGUGGCGCGCGCGAUGGACUGAAAACGGAAAGCUGUGCGCGCACAAGCCGCGACCGUCGCGAGACGCGCGAAACGUCCGAUGACACGCCGCGCGAGUGCGGUUCGUUGAUAUCACUGUUGUUUAAUAACUGUUUACACAUUUUAUUCCGUCGACAGAUGUUCGAAAUCGUUAAAAUACAAUAAAAAAUAUAUAGAUCUUUCGGAUUCGAUCAUCACGUGAAACGAUAAUCGAACCACAUGAAGGCGGCUAGUCCGUUCGUUGCGAACAAAAUGGAAACCCGAUACGUCGACAACGACGAAGACAAUUACUCGGAUGCCAGCUCGUCGCUGGCUCCCAACGGCUCUGUAGUGUCGACGGUGCCCGACAGACAUGGCUUCCUAGGUGGUACCCAGUACCUGAACGAAUCGAAACACAUGAUAUCAGCUAACAAAACCAUAGAACGUGAACGAAAAUGGCUUAAUAUGACUGCCAAUUGGGAUAAACAAAUGAUUAGGAGUUUUAAAAAAGUACAAAACAGAUGUAGAAAAGGAAUUCCACAAUCAAUCAGACCUAGAGCUUGGUUGUACUUGACUAAAGCAAAUAAAUUGUUGGACCAAAAGAAAAAUCUCUAUUUCAAGCUGUGUGACCAGCCAGGGGAUCGUAAAUGGAUCGAAGACAUAAGAAAAGAUCUGCAUCGACAGUUCCCAUACCAUGAGAUGUUUGUCGACCAAGAUGGAACAGGCCAAAAAGAGUUAUUCAAUGUUCUCAAAGCGUAUACAAUAUUAAAUCCUGUAAUUGGAUAUUGUCAAGCACAAGCUCCAAUUGCUGCAUUUCUUCUCAUGCACAUGCCAGCCGAGCAAGCGUUUUGGUGUUUUGUAGCAAUUUGUGAUGAUUACCUUAGUGAUUACUACAGUCCAGGAAUGGAAACAUUGAUUAGAGAUGGUAACAUACUUUUUGCAUUAUUAAAAGAACGGGAGCCAAAAAUUUAUAAACUAUUAAAAAAGCAAAGUAUUGAUCCAAUUAUGUAUAUGACUGAAUGGUUUUUAUGUGCUUUCACAAGAACAUUACCAUGGCCCACCUUGUUGAGGUUUUGGGAUAUAUUUUUAUUUGAUGGUGUUAAAACAUUUUUCAAAAUGGGUUUAAUAAUGAUCAAAAUAUCGUUGCCAGAAAAAUCAUAUUCUGAUCUCAAAAAACGUUUUCCUACCAUGUGUGAAACCUUAGAAGCCUUGCGAAAUCCACCAUUGCAUAUGCUCGAGGAAGAGAGAAUUAUCAAGAAGCUCAUACUGUUAGACAUACCCGAAGACACGUUCAAAUAUUACCACAUGCAACAAACCUCGUUAAGACGGAAAACAAAAGAAACAAAAAAAAUUCGAGAAACUGACGUGUUUUGAACAUUUGCAAUGACCAUUUUACAAAAGUUACCUUAAGGAAAACAGGUUAAUAAUAAGAGUAUAAUUCUGAUCUAAUAUAUAAAAUAUAUAUUGAACUGGUCCUUUAAUUUUAUAUAUUGACAAAAAAGAAUUUGUAUUAUUAUUGUCAGUCUUCCAUAUUCAUAAUAUUAUAUUUAAUAUUAUCUUAUUGUUAUAUAUUUUAAACUUUAUGUAGGAGAUUCAAGUAAAUUUGUUGACUAAUUUUUUAUUUUAAUUCAUUCGGUGCUCUAAGUGUAAAUAAAAUAAUUAUUACUUUCUAGUCUGUAUAUUUUAUUGAAACAACCUUGUAAUACGUAUUUAAAAAUGAACAUUUCUCUUGAAUAACUAUGUCACUUAUCAUUAACGCUUGGCAAUGACGUUGUUUCAGCAGAUUAUAUUUUGUUCAACUAUAACAAUAAACAGCACACUGAAACGUGCGUACAAUUGUA